AACCAUUUUCAUCUCGACAUCACUGCUCACCGUACUUAUUAUAAUGUUCGAACGUCUCCCGGAGGAGCUGCUCCGAGAAGUGGCCAAAGGGCUUAACAUUCAAGAUGUCAAAACCCUCUCGCUCGUCUCCAAGACCUUCCAUGCCAUAUGGGCACCGAGGUUUUGGAGCACACUGUGCGUCAAUACUGCUGGUCCAGGAGACCGACCAUCAUCUGUCAGCAUCAAACGGAUCGAACAAUGCGCCCAUGCGCUUCAGAAUGCUACCUCCUCCAUACAGCAUGUCGCCGACAUGGUGUUUCGACGGGACACUCGAUGGAAGCUAUGGGAUUAUGAGAAGGAAGAAGACUGGCCCAACGUCGCCUGUCUCCACCGGCAACCACCACCGGAGGACCUUGGGGUGUGGAGAGCUCUGCUACUAGCAGCGCCAGUCGCUGGAUGGUUAAAAGAUGAAUGGCCCUUAAGGAAUCAAAGGUGCGUCGAGGCAAGCAUAGAACGAAUGGGAAAGCAGCUGGGUCCCGACAACAUGGACGACGUUGCCCUCGCUGUACAAUCUGUUCUCGAACGCAUCCCCGCUGGCCAACUCCAAUCUUUCACCUGGGACUUGGCAACAUGCAUUCCUCAGCCUAUUUUGGAUAGCCUCUUCCAAACGCAACCGCAGCUCCAGUCUAUAUCCUUGACGGCUGAUACCCGUUGCAAGGCCAUGACCAAAAACAUCCACCUACCGUUCUGCCAGCUCAAACGGAUUAUUUGCAAUACGAUACCACGAUCUCAUGUUCUACCGGUUCGAAUAAUGCUUGAAAACAAUAGAGGGCACUUGCAUGACCUCCAAAUCGAGGAAUUGCCGUACGGGGGCCUUUUCGAGGAGCUCUUAUUUAGUCCAAAAGAAUGUGAAGAUUCCGCUGAUCGGUGCCACAGUAUGUUGGGAGCGAAUCUUGAUGUAUUGUUUCCAUCACUUGCAACCCUGUCUUUGAGAUCGGUCUACUUGACCAAGAGAAUGGAUCGAGCAUUCAACAUCAGUGGUCUAGAUGCACUUACAUUACGCCAGUGUUCGCGAUCGAGUGAAUUCCUCGAAAGAAUAAUGGCAGCAAACAGACCCCUUCAGCUCAAGACCUUUGAGUUCAUGUCUGGCCAUGGGCACGAUAAUAAUGACUAUGACGCGGAGACGAAUACAGUCAACACCUUUCUUCUAUCAUUCAACGGUCUAGAAAACCUCUACAUCGGUUUUGCCAGAGAUUUCGACGAAGACAGCGCUGGCCUCCACCCCCUCUGGUCUACCGUUGGCCAUCACGGCUCAACACUGAAGAGGCUGGUGGUCCAUCAGCGAGGCGUAUGGACAGGUCCAAUGUGCACAAUGGGCGUCAUUGAGAAAAAUAUCGAUCUUGUUAGUGAUGUCGAUGGCACGCUCGAUAUUUCAGAGACGAACAUCAGCAAGUGGGCGCUGGAUCCCGCCGAAAAUCCCCUGUCAGCCCUUCCAAAACUUGAAUGCCUCGGCCUACCUUUCGCUGUUUCAGACUGGAGCGAGUCCGAUACGUGGGCGAGUCAUAGUAUAGAACCAGAUGCGCAGUCCGAGUCUUUUAUUAUAACCCUCCUCAAGCCAUUUACCGGAGGCUCACGGAGGCUCAGGCUCCUCCAUUUACGAAAAACAGGCUCAGAUUAUGCAUGGGCCUUCAAAGCGACCAGCCUCCCGCCUUGUUCCAGGCGACGACGGGCCUUGUCGACUCGGGCCCACGGUGAGGAAGACGUUUUCCUCCUUCCCAUCCCUCCUUCCGAUAUGUUAUCAUCCCUCCGCCCACCUUUCUCCUAUUUUCUCAAUUGGGCCUUCGGGCCAAAGGGCAUUCGCUCCCUCCAGGCCGUCGCUUUUGGGGAUUUUGCAAACGGCCACAUGGGCGGCAAAUUCCUUCACAACAUCUUUGCCAUUCGUAACAAGGAUGAGCUGCAAGGAUACCAGGUGUUUGACUGUCGCGACAAAGCACAUGAGCACAAAUGGCGGGCCAUGGCGGAUAGGUACGCUGACUUUCUGGAAUCAUGCCCCGUCGGGCCACGGGUGGAAAGAUGGGAGGACAGGUCGAGGUAUUAUUUCUAAUCAAGAUUGUUUCUGUUUUCAGGAGUCGAGGUUCUCGUAGAUUGAAAUACAAGAUUCUUCAACAGAUA